ACCGAACCAUCAUGUGAUAAAUUACCAGAGAGACACUGAUUUUGACGUUUGACUGGUUUUCUGUGCAGGCCCAACACUCUCUUGAUCGGCAGUGAGAUUGCAAUUGUGUCCCUCUACGAUCCUCUCUCUACCGACAAGAAUGAGCGGAGCCAUUCUGCUGGUCGUGUUGGCCACUACUACUGUUCUCUUGUGGCUCGCCUCUCCAGUAAACUGUGGCCGUCCAAGGAUACACCACAGUCAGUAUGUCUAUCAGUAUGAGGAGAACGACCAAAUUUGUGUGUAUGGCUCAUUCAAAAUAUCCUUCGACAUAUUUUUCGAUAACGCCGAAACAGACUCUCAGCCACCCCACAAGAGGCUCUAUUUGCCAGACAGACAUGGCGUUAGUGUCAAUGGCUCUUGUAGCCAGUCUGAGCCUGAGCUGCUGCUGCUCUGGCAGAACAACUCUCUUAGAAUGACAUUUGGAGGGGGAAAGGAGAGUGGGAACUGAAGGAAAUAACAUUGGUCUACUAUCUCCACACCACCGAAUUCACCAACGCUACAAAACAUGGACUGCAGCGCAUGUCACAGCCAACAGCAGCCGUCUCUUCAAGCGAAAGUUCCAAGACAGCGAGUAUUUCUACUGCAAGAACUGCAAGACGUAUGGAUUUGUGCAAACACGAGUCAGUCUGCCAAACAGCUCUGUCCAGUUGGCCGUGCGUAAACAGUAGCAACCACCAGUUCCUGCUCCAGAGUCCACUGGAGAAAUCUGUCAUCUUUGUCGGAGAUCCGCAACGCUAGCAAGCGCUCUGUUCUUGAAGACUUCAUAUGCACGGCAAGAGAUCUUGUUCCAAUUGCAGUGGGCGGAGUAAGUUUUGGCUCUCCUCUCAUCCUCAUAUUGUCGCCUACAAUCAUGGCGUACGUCAGAAGACGUCGAAGGGAGGCCAAGUCUCAGUACUGAACCAGUCGUAUUUCUAGCAACCGUUUUUCUCGUGUGUUGUGUGUGUGUGCAUAUAAUUCAGUGUUAUAUAUUUUACCUGCAUUGAGUGUGGAUUGAGUCAAGUAAACGCA